AUGUUCAAAACGGCACAAGAGGCGGCUCGCAAAGAUAUUGAACGGACAUUUGGUGUUCUCAAAAGAAAAUGGCAUAUCAUUGAUCGACCGUUUCGAAAACAGUCACUAGGAACAAUUAGGAACUUGGUGUAUGCGUGUGUGAUUCUGCACAACACGAUCAUUCAGGAUAGUGGUCGUGCGAUUUGCCCAGUUCAUAUAGGAGAUCCAGUUGUCCGCCCAAGUAGUCAUCGGGACGCCUUACCGGAGAUACAGGACGAGGAGACACAUUUCCGUCUCCGGUAUGAUCUGACAGAGCAUCUGGCGGGUCUAAACUUACCAUACCUCCAGCCCAACGAUGAUGAAUAG